AUGGAUCUCCUCGAGAACUUUACCAACCCUGAGAGGCACAUCGAUCGCCUCGGUUCGCCUGAGGAAUUUUUUGAUGAUGGCGAUUUGGCACAGUUGAUGAGUCCUACCAUGCAGCCUGAACCUCCUGUUGCCCCGACUGCGGGGUCUGAUGAGUCUGUAACUGCAAAGGCGGAGUCGCCAGAGCUGUUUGACUUUGCCAGUCUUGGGAAUGAUGGUAUGGCUGAUCAGGAUAUGAGUGGGGUGGUUGGCGCUGAAGGAGGGGGUUUUGAGGGGCCUGUUUCUACUGCUCUUGCUCCUGCUGCUCAGUCUCUUCGUGUUGAAAGCGAUGAGCCUGUGGCAGAUUACAGACAAGAGAGUCUGCCAACUGGGAACCAAGUCAAUUGCCGACUUCAGAUUCAUGCUCAGCGCUGCCCUCCUCAGCUUCGGCCCCAAGUCCAGAACCAGUAUCAGCUUCCAGUACAGGUUCAGGAUCACACUCCGGCUCAGUUUGACUGUCAGGUCCAGACUCAAGCACUCGCUUUCCAGCGCCCCCUCCAUCAGCAAUACACCCUCACAAACCAGUAUAUACAGGGGAAUUACCAGCCGGUCAACUUUCACCAGGGAUUCAUCCCCUCUCAACCUGAUCCGCCUCAGCCUCAGCCUCAACCCCAAUUUCACUUCCCAUCUGUGACGCCCUACUUCAGCCCAACUCCCUUCCAGCCACCCCGCCCAGCUAUCGAACAGCCUCCCAAGAAAUACCGCGCUCCUCUUCAACCCACAGCGCAAACCCCCAAGCAAGCAUGGCUGGUCCCCAAGCUGGAGAUCUUUACACGCCAGUACCAGGGCUUCAUCAACACACCCAAAGCAGCCAGAGAAAUAGAAUGGACAUUCCUCUCUAUGUCUCAUCCCCCUGAGAGCGCCACGACGACUCAUGCAGCCGUCGAUACGAGUUUCCCUCAAACAUCACAGGAGUAUAGCAACCGUGUUCGACAAAUGUUCGAGGCCAUAUGCGACUGGUCCAGUCCUCGUGAAUGGCGCGCAAAGAUGGGUCACGCCAUGGCAGCACAGUGGAUCGAGAAUGUCAAGAAAGAUCGUCAGAUUCGUGGUUUAUCAACCAAGAUGAGUGAGCUCACCGAUGAAGAUCUGGCUCCUCCUGCGAGCGCCAUGCCUCCUGUUGAAGAGCAAUGGAAGAAUGUCAUUCAUCGUCGCCUGUCUGAUAUCGAGAUUGAACUUCUCUGCGCCAAGGUCUUGGCAAGUCACCUAGUCAAGUGUCCAUAUAAUAUCACUAACUCUUAUAGAAUGAAGCUAUGCUUGCUCAGCAGGGUCGAAACUUCAUUCCUCUAUGGAGCAACAGCGAAACGCAGUGGGAAGAGUUUGACAGUUUCGGACAGCGCUAGAGCCGCAUUCUGA